AUGCCCCGGCCCGAUCCGGGGCUCCACGGAGAGCCCCCGAGUCCUGCUGUUGCAGGGGGGCAGGAAGGUACUGCCGGGCUCACGUCGCCGGGUGUGGUCCCCACACCUGGCUCGAUGCCCGGCACCCAGGAUAGGGACAGACUGCACAGGAGGGGGAGCCUGGCCAGGAAGCUGGAAGAAGGCCACAGACCAGAGAGGAGAGUGGUGGGACAUGGGGGAGGGCCCAGCAGGGGCCUCAGAGCCCAUGAGUUAAAACUCACCAGCCUCACUACAUCAGAGAAUUGUAGGCAUCUCUUGGAAUGUGCUAAGGAACUUGAUGUCCAAAUAACUGGGGUUAAAUUUCACAUUUCAAGUGCUUGCAAGGUAUCUCAAGUAUUUGUACAUGCUCUGUCUGAUGUGCGAUGUGUGUUUGAUAUUGCUGGAGAAUUUUGUUUCAAGAUGAGCAUUUUAGACAUUGGUGGAGGCUUCACAGGAACUGAAUUUCAGUUGGAAGGGGUUAAUCAUGUUAUUAGCCCUUUAUUGGGUAUUUACUUUCCUGAAGGAUCUGGCAUUAAGAUAAUUUCAGAACCUGGAAGCUACUAUGUGUCUUCUGCAUUUACACUUGCAGUUAAUAUCAUUGCAAAGAAAGUUGUUGAAAAUGAUAAAUUUUCCUCUGGAGUAGGAAAAAAUGGAAGUGAUGGACCAGCCUUUAUGAAUUACAUGAAUGAUGGUAUCUAUGGUUCUUUUGCAAGUAAAUUGUCAGAGGACUUAAAUACCACUCCAGAGGUUCACAAGAAAUACAAGGAAGAUGAGCCUUUGUUUACAAGCAGCCUUUGGGGUCCAUCCUGUGAUAAGCUUGAUCAGAUUGUGGAAAGCUGCUGUCUUCCUAAGCUGAAUGUGGGAAAUUGCCUUAUCUUUGAUAAAAUGGGAGCAGAUUCUUUCCACAAACCAACUGCUUUUAAUGAUUUUCAGAAACCAGCUAUUUUUUACAUGAUAUCAUUUAGUGAUUGUUAUGAGAUGCAAAAUGCUGGAAUUACUUGAGACACAAUGAUGAAGAACUUCUUCUUUGUGCCUUCUUGCAUUCAACUGAGCCAAGAAGACAGCUUUCCCACUGAAGCUUAA